AUGUCUCCUCAGGAAUGCGUCAAAUGCAAACAAGACGAUGAGAACACUCCUGCUACUCAUCAUUGUCCUGUCUGUAAUAUUCACAUUUGUGAAUCACACUUGUCUCUCCACAACACGAGCAACAAGACCAAAGACCAUGCCUCACAAGUUACACCACUCGGUGAAGACAAGAAUUGUGCCAAAUGUCAAUCCGAAGAAAAUGAAACAUUGCAAGCCAGUCAUCAAUGCGUGGAAUGUUCAUGUAAACUCUGUCAUGAUCACGCCUCUCUUCAUCAAAAGUAUCAAAAGUUCAAAUCACAUCAAGUCAAGUUAUUGGGCUUUUCUGAAGUUCCCUUUAGUGGUAAAUUUGAAUUUUGUGGUUUGUUGGGUUUAGAUUCGGACAUUGAAAAACCCUUGUCAUUUGUUCAUGUCAGUGGUCUCCACAUCUCCAGAAAACACAAACUCCUUUUUGUGGUGGAUUCCAAAGCUGAUAAAAUCUACUCCUUUGAAUUGAGCAAGACUGGUGCCGACUUGUCAAAUUCCUUCAAACUCAAAAAUUGUAUUCAACUUAAUUUCUCACCAUGUGCCGUCUGUGUCGAUGAUAGUGAUGAUACCCUCAUCAUUACGAGUGAGGAAUUAGGAAUGGUCACCAAAAUGAGCAUGGACGGUCAAGAACGAAUUUGGAAAUUUGGAAAGGAACGUCAACGCAUGGGAAGAUUUGAUGAGGAAGAUGUCGCAGAACCCUCUAGUGUUGUGAUGGAUCCACAGAGUGGAAUUGUUUAUGUGGCAAGUAGUGCACAACAUCGAAUUGUCAAGUUGUCAAACAAGGAUGGAUCAUUAUUGGGAGAAAUUGGUAAUAUCCAGCAGGCAGGGGAUUUAGCCUUUGAAAAUCCAACCUCUGUCGAUAUUGAUAAGGAUGGAAAUCUUGUCACGUCUGAAUAUUUCGGACAAGCUGUCAAAAUUAUCUCCAAGAAAGGGGUAGAGAUUAAAAAAUAUUCAGGAAAAGGCUCACAACCAGGUCAAUUCAAUUACCCACGUGUGGCCAUUACCGAACAAAGUACUGGAAAUAUCUACGUUGGAGAUCGGUACAACUACCGAAUUCAAGUGAUCAAACCCAAUGGAGCCAUUCGAGUGUUUGGAAAGGGAAAGGAAAAUGAAACAAAGAAGGGUGACUUUUCAGUCAUUGAAAGUCUUGCGAUCCAUUUGAAAAUAACAUACACUAAAAAAGAAGAAACCAUGUUUUCACAUUGUCACCACCAUCACAUAAACAGUUUAACUCGAUUGCUCAUCGUGUUGCUGUUCGUUGGUUCAUGCAUCGUUGGCAUGUUUUCUCAAUGGAAUGAACAGCCAAGUGGACUCUUUGUACAUGGGUUUCAAUUUUCCACACAAUUCACAAGAGUGAAUGCGGACAAUACAACUGAACGAUUAGCAUUGAUGACCUUCUCUUAUUCAUCAGCUUCAAACAUCCUUAAUUGGGACUUUAUUUUUGACAAGAUUGGCGCAUCACUGACCAAGACCAACACAAACAACACGUCGUAUAUCUUUCAAUACUUUAGACUCAUCCAUUCACAUGUAAUCAAGAACACAGAGUACGGCAACUCAUUGUUUUUGCCUGAAGAGAUUUUUCAAUCGAGUACAACCAACUCGGAUGGAAUACCCAUUGACUCUGCGAAAAUGAAAUUGGAUUUGAAUGGUUGGACACGAGGUCACUUGAAAAGUGCUUCUGACCUUCUCGAGAUACCAGAGUUGUAUAAGAACAAUUAUUACCUGCAGUGGUUCUCAAUACGAUUUAACACAUCGCUAUUUGAGCAAAUGUUGAUGUCUAACGAUACCUACAGAAUACAAUUCAACGAAAGCAGCAUUGAGAACAUUACAUCAUCAAUUUAUACUCUCUUUCAAGGUCAACCCAACCCCUCAUACACAUUCUCAACACUGAAAGUAAUCAGAAACGCUCUACUGAUUGAGAACAUGACGACGAGUUCAGAUCCAGUGACAAACAUUUGUUCCUCUGUCUCACCAGUGAUUGCAUUUGCUUGGAGUUCUUGGAAGUUGUGGUUUGUGCUGAUAUGCCUGAUCAUCAUGCUCGUUCUAUUGAUACUGUCUGUGUGGAGGCCAUAUGUGGUGAUCAUUUGUACUGUGGUUAUUUUCAAUAUCGCUGGAAUUCUUACAUUGGAUCAAACAGUGAACGGAUUUGCCAACGGUGGAACAUUGGCCAUAGCUCUCUUAUUUCCAAUCGUGAAACCAUUGACCCAAAAUACUUUGGUGAAAAAAGUUUGCCAAAUUGCUCUUUGGAUCACCAAUUCCUUUCAAGAACAGCAAUAG